AUGAUAGGAGGAGAGGGAGGAUUAAGAGGAAGUAGCAGCCUGCCAACAUCCGUCCCACUCUCGCAUCUGCUCGACAGGGUUCAGUUGCUGAAGUUGAAAGAUCGAGAAAUGUUAAAGAAGGAGUAUGAGUCCAUUGACUCUGGUAAGCAAUUCACCUGGAGUGCCUCUAACGAAGAAGUGAACAGGUGUAAGAACAGGUACGCGAACGUGGUGGCCUAUGAUCACUCUAGAGUUAUCCUACCAGCCACGAGUGUUCCAGGAAGUGACUACAUCAACGCCAACUUCAUCGACUGUCGCUUCAAUAACGGUGGCAGUUUGUACAUCGCUACGCAGGGCCCUCUAUUGGACACCAUAGGUGAUUUUUGGAGGAUGAUCUGGGAAGAGAGGGUGUCGACAGUUGCCAUGGUCACCAAGCUGGAAGAGAGAAGCAGGGUGAAAUGCGAUCAGUACUGGCCAGACAUAGGCAGCCAGUUGUACGGCGUGAUGCAGGUGACCUUGAAGGACGUCCUUGAACUUUCAUCCUACAUCAUCAGGACCUUCACUUUAUCUAAGAUGAACUGUUCAGAGAGCAGAGAGUUGUUUCAGUUGCAGUUCACAUCGUGGCCAGAUUACGGAGUGCCCAGCCAUCCGACCUUACUACUGCAGUACAUAAGAAGGGUUAAGUCUGCCAACGAAUUGUCGCCUGGUCCUAUCGUUGUUCAUUGCAGCGCCGGGGUCGGGAGGACAGGCGUUCUCAUCGCCAUAGACACCUGCAUGGACAGAAUCAUGCGCGGUUCAGAAACAGUGGACAUUUUCAACGUGGUGACGAGUUUACGAUCGCAGCGAAAUUACAUGGUGCAGUCGGAUGAUCAGUACCAGUUCAUCUACGAGGCCAUCCUCGAGGGGGUCACGAGCCCUGCCAACACGGAGGUCACUGCUGACAAUCUGAACCAGUACGUUCGAGAUUUGUUGGCAGCUGGUGAGGCGGGUGCGCAGAGGUUGCGAGAUGAAUUUCAGAGGCUGUCCGUGGUGAGGUACGAGGCUCAGCAGUUUCAAUAUGCGAACAUGCCAUUCAACAAGAUGAAGAAUAGGUCCUCUGCCAUCCUACCAUUGGAUUCGACGCGCGUCAACAUUCAGCCAAUCAGAGGCGUCGAAGGGUCUGAUUACAUCAACGCCAAUUAUAUCGACGGCUACAGACACAAGAGAUGCUACAUAGCGACGCAGUCUCCCCUAGCAACGACUGUUGAUGAUUUUUGGCGGAUGGUUUGGGAUACCGAUUGUAGCAUCAUCGUCAUGGUCACCAAUCUUGUUGAGGCUGGAAGGGAGAGAUGUGUGCAGUACUGGCCAGUGGAAAGAUCAAUGAGGUACCAGUACUUUGUCUUAGACCCCUCGUCCACCAUCAACUUUGGCCACUAUAUCGUCAGAGAGUUCAGGAUGACCGAUGCCAGAGACGGCCAAUCAAGAAUAAUUUACCAGUUCCAAUUCCUCAACUGGCCCCAGGACGACUGCCAUCUAUCGAAGUACAUCUCAUCAACUUCCCUUACGUCAUCCCUAACUCACCUAACAAACGCCACGUUAGGACAGCAAUUCAUAAACUUCAUCGGUCAGGUGGAAACAACGCGAUCGAAGCUGGUGGACCCAACUAGACCGAUGGUCAUUCAUUGCGAGUUAGGGUCAGCCAGGACUGGGGCCUUUAUUUCGUUGAGUUACAUUCUUGAAAGAAUGAGAACUGAAGGUGUGGUCGAUGUCUUUGAAACUGUUAAGAUACUUAGGACCCAGCGGAUGAGUAUGGUCACUACUGAGGAUAUCUACUCAUUCUGCUACAGAUCGUCCGCACAGUUCUUGGGCUCAUUCGAUCAUUAUGUUAAAUGACAUGUGAAAAGUUAAUUUUAGUUUUUGCUGUAAUAAAACUUUUGAGUAAUGUAAUGUAGUUAAACUGAUGGUUUUAAUGUAAAUAAAUGAAUGUUGUUUGUGUAAAUAGACCGUUAUUAUUGUAAUUAGAUUGUCUUUGAUGUCAAUUAUUUUUUCCCAUUAUAUUUAAAUUGUUGAGUUAAUGUAAUUAAUAUUGUUGUUUUUAAUGUAAGUAUGUACAGCAUAAGUUUUUUUUGUUAUGGUAAUUAAGUUUUCUGUUAUUGUAAUCAAAAUGUAGUUGAUGUAAUCAAAUAUACUGUUUAUGUUUAUUAAAUUUUUGUUGACGUCAUUAAAUUCUUGUUAUCGUCCAUCGUUAUAACAUCUCUGUCAAUGUUAAUGUAAUAAAUAUACCUACCUUACUGUUAUUGAAUUUCGUUCCGUGUGUUUAAAUCUUUAUUAUUAAUGUGAUGACGAAAAUAAUGGAAUCGAAAUUUUUUUAAUUGAUGUGAUGUCAUGUUGUUGUCAUGGUAAUGUUAAAUUGUUGUUAAUGUUAUAUUAACUUGUUGUUAAUUAAAUUGUUAUUGACGUGUAGAAAUUGAAAUUUCUCUAGACUCAAAUGCUUAUUUUAAACGUUGCCAAAAAAAAGUGUUUUAGAAUA